UGUUUUUGAAGCACAGCCGCUGGUCACGAGCUGGUUUGUGCUGGUUUGUGCUGGUUUAAGCCGCCGUGCUUCAAAACAUACCUAACCGGCAUAUGCUGGAUUUGUCAACAGAGCUGUAUUUUUUAAAAAUAAACCAGAUGAACGCAGUUCUUCAUCAGCGUUAUUCCCGAGCGCGAGGUGGAGCAUUCAGGACAGACUCUGCAUAAUACAUGAGACGGCUGGAGCUCAGAAGACUACCCAGCACCUUCAUCACACUCUUCUAACGCUUUCACAUGUACUCUGGUUUGAAGUCAGCACACUUGACUUCUGUAAUGAGACACUGUUGACCGCAAGCUGACGAAGGUGGAGAGACAGCGCUUUAAAGAGGAGGCUGAGAUGUUGAAGGGACUCCAGCACCCAAACAUCGUGCGCUUCUAUGACUUCUGGGAGUCUCCGCUGAAGGGCAAGAAGUGCAUCGUGCUGGUCACAGAGCUCAUGACGUCCGGCACGCUCAAAACGUAUCUGAAGCGCUUCAAGGUGAUGAAACCCAAAGUGUUGCGCAGCUGGUGUCGUCAGAUCCUCAAAGGCCUGCACUUCCUCCACACGCGCACUCCUCCCAUCAUCCACCGGGACCUGAAGUGUGACAACAUCUUCAUCACGGGCCCCACGGGCAGCGUCAAGAUCGGGGACCUGGGUCUGGCCACGCUCAAGAGGGCCUCCUUCGCCAAGAGCGUGAUCGGCACGCCGGAGUUCAUGGCCCCGGAGAUGUACGAGGAGCACUACGACGAGUCCGUGGACGUCUACGCCUUCGGCAUGUGCAUGCUGGAGAUGGCCACGUCCGAGUACCCGUAUUCAGAGUGCCAGAACGCCGCUCAGAUCUACCGCAAAGUCACCAGCGUGAGUCUCCAGUCUCGGUCUGUUUCAGGAAGUCUGCUUGAUCUGAUCUUUGAGACAGGCUGUUUACGCCUGCUGCGUGUUUCUGCAUGUUCACGAAGGGCAAACAAGGAAACACAAAGCAUAAGAUCCAGCGUGUUAUUUCCUUAAUUGGAAAAUCUCCACAAACGCCAAUAUUUUCGUGGUAACGACUCACCCUUGGUCCAUCUGAGAUCAGGAUGUGAAUGGGUGCCGUAUAAAAAUAAUCCAAAGGGACAUUUACAGCAAAUUUACAGUACAGUUCUUCUAAAUGUAUUUCUAAAAAUAUUGUGUGUUUGGAUGUCA